AUUUCCGGCAGGCAGAGAGCAAAAUCCAACGGAUCAAACCAAGUCAGGCAAAUUUUAGACCAAACAAGUGCCCUGAAGAAAUGAAAUCAUCACAUCAAUCAAUUGGGUGAAAUGAAAGACUUAGAUCAAUCACUCAAUCCAUCUCUUUAUCCGCUGUCCUCGGAUUCGUUCCCCGUCGUCGUCCCUCAAAUUCGAUCCCCAGCCUCACUCUUGUACUAGAUCUCGAAAAUGAUCACGAUCCCCUACUUGACCGCCUUGACCACCUACUUCAGCUAUGGCCUCCUCUUCGUCUUCGGCCAGUUCCGCGACUUCUUCCGCAAAAUCAUCGACUGGUGGAAAGGCAGCAAUCUUCACGGUUACGCGCCGAUCUGCUUAGGCCUAGAGGAUUUCUACACUCGGCGGCUCUAUCAUCGUAUUCAGGACUGUUUUGGACGACCAAUAUCAAGUGCUCCUGAUGCAUGGUUUGAUGUGGUCGAGCGUGUCUCAAAUGACAAUAACAAGACCUUAAAGCGAACCACAAAGAUAAGUAGGUGUCUUAACUUGGGAUCAUACAAUUACCUUGGAUUUGCUGCCGCAGAUGAGUACUGCACACCCCGUGUCAUUGAGGCUUUGAAGAGGUUUUCACCAAGCACUUGUAGUCCUCGUGCUGAUGGAGGAACCACGACAAUACAUACUGAACUGGAGGAGUCUAUAGCAAACUUUAUAGGAAAGCCAGCAGCCAUAGUCUUUGGUAUGGGCUAUGUUACAAACUCUGCUAUCCUUCCUGUCUUGAUAGGAAAGGGAGGGUUGAUCAUAAGUGACUCUCUGAACCACAAUUCUAUUGUCAAUGGGGCCCGAGGAUCAGGGGCUACUGUUCGCGUUUUCCAACAUAACACACCAUCCCACUUGGAAAAAGUUUUAAGAGAACAAAUUGUUGACGGUCAACCCAGAACACAUAGACCAUGGAAGAAGAUAAUUGUUGUAGUGGAGGGGAUAUAUAGCAUGGAAGGUGAACUCUGCAAACUUCCAGAAAUUGUUGCCAUAUGCAAGAAAUACAAGGCAUGUGUUUAUUUAGAUGAGGCUCACAGCAUUGGAGCAGUUGGAAAAACUGGAAGGGGUGUCUGUGAGCUUUUAGGAGUGGAUACAGCUGAUGUGGAUAUUAUGAUGGGAACUUUCACAAAAUCAUUUGGAUCCUGUGGUGGUUACAUUGCAGGAUCCAAGGAGCUUAUUCAAUAUUUGAAGUACUCUUGUCCUGCUCAUCUGUAUGCCACAUCAAUAUCGCCUCCAGCUGCAGAACAAAUUAUUUCUUCUAUAAGGGUUAUCCUUGGCAAGGAUGGUUCUAGCAGAGGGGCUCGGAAACUUGCACAAAUACGGGAAAACAGCAACUUUUUCAGGUCAGAACUACAGAAGAUGGGCUUUGAGGUUCUGGGAGAUAAUGAUUCUCCUGUAAUGCCUAUAAUGCUUUAUAAUCCAGCAAAAAUCCCUGCUUUUUCAAGGGAGUGCCUGAAACAGAAUGUUGCUGUUGUAACUGUUGCAUUUCCUGCCACACCCCUACUGUUGGCCAGGGCUCGCAUCUGCAUCUCUGCUUCUCACACCAGGGAAGACAUGCUCAAAGCCUUAGAGGUAAUCAGUAGAGUAGGUGAUCUGGUAGGCAUAAAAUAUUUUCCUGUCGAGCCCAAUAAACAGCAUCACCAGGGUGAUAGAGCCAAACUUGAGUGAAGAGAAGGCGAUUUCAGCAGGGGGUGACAAAAUUGUAUAGUUAUUAGUUGCUGUUGUAAUUCCUUCUGAACCCAUUGUGCUUUUAUAUAUAUAUAUAUAUAGAGAGAGAGAGAGAGAGAGAGAGAGAGAGAGAGAUUACUUAUUUGUUUUCAGUAUUAAAGCAUUUUGAAGCUACUCAGUACUCACUCCAACUUGAUACAGCUUCAAGUAAAAUAGUUUUGACUAAA